GCUACAUUUCAAUGCACAACAUCUAAUGUGGUACCAGCUGUGUAUAAAGUUGAAAUCUAUUUCAAUGGAAUCAAACAAGUUACUGGUAACACAUGGAGAAGCAAUCCACUGAAUAUUUCAAAUGAUGGAGAUAUAGUGGAAUGUAGAGCUAUAAAUAACUACACUGCUAAACCUGAAUAUGCAAACUUAGGAAGAACAAACAAAACAAUCUCCAUCAUCUAUCCACCACAGAAGUUUGAAGUCACAAGUGCACUGAACAAUAUUUGCUUGUGGGAGAUUGGAACAACCCAGUAUUGUAACAUCACAUUCAAACUUAAACCAUCUUUCUAUACAACGAACUUAACCAAGAAUGGUAAACCAAUGUUAUGUAUAUACAGUAAUAUCAUAACUGAACAAAAUACUUUUAGGUAAACUUGUUACAAGUGAUUUAUUUGAGAUGCUGAGAAUGAAUGAAACACAAAGUUUUGUUUACAUGAAAAAUGAGGUGAAUUAUAAUUUAUAAUCAACAUGAGGUGGUAAGCAUGUGUUGUUUGGUAGGUAAUGAUGAAUGAUACAGGAAUCUACACACUGACUGUGAAAUCAACAGUUUUUCCAGUUGUUGUUUUUGUGUUUGGCAUCACUGUGGUGAACAACACAAUAUGUGAUCUUAACAGCAAGGAGAGUAACUCAGAUGCUGUGAUAGUUGGAAGUUGCUUGGCUGUUGUUAUUCUUAUUAUCACAACAAUUGCUCUGCAAUUAUAUUUAAAGCUGAAACAUAUCACUGAAAAUGCAGGAAGUUUCAUGAAUGUGACAUCGGUUAAUUACAAGAAUAAUAAGAUUACAACAACCCAACCCAAGAAUGAGAACAACACACCACAAUAUUUAAACCCUGCAAACAAACAACAAGCACGAGACAAUGAAGUUGGUUAUAUUAAUCUGAAUGCAGGAGAACCAAUACCUAAUAAUGAUGUCAUAGUACGUAAUUAUGAGGUGGUAAAGACAGAUUAUGAAGAAAUAAUGCAAAGUAACAAGAAACCAAAGAAUGAAAUAAAUGAAUAUGAUCUUUAAUAUGUAAC